CCUGGACCUGCCCCAGCACGGAAGUGCUCCGGGGUCCGUGGGGAGUAGGAUAGGCAGUUGGCGGAGCGGCCUUCGCGCGCCACGAUGCUGAACAUGUGGAAGGUGCGGGAGCUGGUGGACAAAGCCACCAAUGUGGUUAUGAAUUAUUCAGAAAUUGAGUCUAAGGUUCGAGAAGCAACGAAUGAUGAUCCUUGGGGACCUUCUGGGCAACUCAUGGGAGAGAUUGCCAAGGCUACAUUUAUGUAUGAACAGUUUCCAGAACUUAUGAAUAUGCUUUGGUCACGGAUGUUAAAAGACAACAAAAAGAAUUGGAGAAGAGUUUAUAAGUCGUUGCUGCUCCUAGCUUACCUCAUAAGGAAUGGAUCAGAGCGUGUUGUUACAAGUGCCAGAGAACACAUUUAUGAUUUGCGAUCUCUGGAAAAUUACCACUUUGUAGAUGAACAUGGCAAGGAUCAGGGUAUAAAUAUUCGCCAGAAAGUGAAAGAGUUAGUUGAAUUUGCCCAGGAUGAUGAUAGACUUCGUGAAGAGCGGAAGAAAGCAAAGAAAAACAAAGACAAAUAUGUUGGGGUUUCCUCAGACAGUGUUGGAGGAUUCAGAUACAGUGAAAGAUAUGAUCCUGAGCCCAAAUCAAAAUGGGAUGAGGAGUGGGAUAAAAACAAGAGUGCUUUUCCAUUCAGUGAUAAAUUAGGUGAAUUGAGUGAUAAAAUUGGAAGCACGAUUGAUGACACCAUCAGCAAGUUCCGGAGGAAAGAUAGAGAAGACUCUCCAGAAAGAUGCAGCGACAGUGAUGAAGAAAAGAAAGCGAGAAGAGGCAGAUCUCCCAAAGGUGAAUUCAAAGAUGAAGAGGAGACUGUGACGACAAAGCAUAUCCAUAUCACACAGUCCACAGAGACCACUACAACCAGACACAAGCGCACAGCAAAUCCUUCCAAAACCAUUGAUCUAGGAGCAGCAGCACAUUACACAGGGGACAAAGCAAGUCCAGAUCAGAAUGCUUCAACCCAUACACCUCAGUCUUCAGUUAAGACUUUAGUGCCUAGCAGCAAGUCAUCUGGUGACCUUGUUGAUCUGUUUGAUGGCGCCAGCCAAACAGCAGGAGGAUCAGCUGAUUUGUUUGGCGGAUUUGCUGACUUUGGCUCAGCUGUUGCGUCAGGCAGUUUGCCUUCCCAAGUUACUUGAACAAGUGGGAAUGGAGACUUUGGUGACUGGAGUGCCUUCAACCAAGCCCAGUCAGGCCCUGUUGCUUCCAGUGGCGAGCUCUUUGGCAGUGCCUCACAGCCAGCUCUAGAACUAUUCAGUGGCUCACAGCCAACAUUAGCCCCACCUCCUCCUGCCUCAAAUUCUUCAGACCUAUUUGAUUUUAUGGGCUCAUCCCAAACUACUAUGACAUCUUCCCAGAGUAUGAAUUUCUCCAUGAUGAGCACUAAUACAGUAGGGCUUGGUUUGCCCAUGUCAAGGUCACAGAAUACAGAUAUGGUCCAGAAAUCAGUCAGCAAAAACCUGCCCUCCACUUGGUCUGACCCCAGUGUAAACAUCAGCCUAGACAACUUACUACCUGGUAUGCAGCCUUCCAAACCCCAGCAGCCGUCACUCAAUACAAUGAUUCAACAACAGAAUAUGCAGCAGCCUAUGAAUGUGAUGACACAGAGUUUUGGAGCUGUGAACCUCAGUUCUCCAUCAAAUAUGCUUCCUGUCCGGCCCCAAACUAGCCCUUUAAUGGGGGGACCCAUGCCUGUGAGCAUGCCCAAUGUGAUGACUGGCACCAUGGGAAUGGCUCCUCUUGGAAAUACUCCGAUGAUGAACCAGAGCAUGAUGGGCAUGAACAUGAACAUAGGGAUGCCUUCUCCUGGGAUGGGCCUCUCAGGCACGAUGGGAAUGGGUAUGCCCAAUAUAGCCAUGACUUCUGGAACUGUGCAACCCAAGCAAGAUGCCUUUGCAAAUUUUACCAACUUUAGCAAAUAG